UAUGCAGUGUUCGUUUACAAGGUUUUUUUCUCUCCUAUAGAGGAACCUUCACACUGGGACACAGGGCAGCCCCAUAUUUCUUGAGAAAAUACGGGAGCAACAUUUUCACGUUUGAGCAGUUGGGGGCGUCGCUAGAUUAUUUCUUAACGGGGCUUCACCCUUGGGGUAACUUCAGGUUAAACCCCGGGGUAGCCAAAACUUGUUUGUCUUACCUGCAUGUUAUUCAGCUCGAUCUUACUUUUAAGUUCACAUCUGAGUCAGUCAGACUAAGCCCAGGUGAACAGGCAUAUAGGCUACUCCAGUCUACAAAGAAGGGAUUUCAAAAUGAAGGAAGAAAAUGGAGACAAACCUUUGGCACUGCACGAGGAACAUGGGCACAGGGUGACUCCAAGCACAUCCCUGAUUUUUACGGCCUGUGCAACUUGCAUAGGAGGGGCAUUUCAGAAUGGAUAUAACAUAUCUAUCGUAAAUUCACCCUCCAUGUCUGUGAGGACGUUCAUUAACCAAACAUGGACGGAGAGAUACGAGUCUGCAAUAUCAGAGGAGCUACUUACCCUCUUCUGGUCCAUUAUUGUGUCUAUCUUCACUCUUGGGGGACUAGUGGGCUCUUGGGUCGGUGGAACACUGGCCAACAAGUAUGGGAGGAAAGGUGCCCUACUACUCAACAACAUCUUUGCUUUGCUUGCAGCAUUCUUUUUUGGAAUAAGUUAUUUUAGUCGUGUGUUUGAACUGCUUAUAGUUGCCCGAUUUCUCAGUGGCAUAAACGGAGGUGUAGGGUUGUGCGUCCAGUUCCUUUACCUUCCCGAAAUGGCUCCCAGGUCAUUACGUGGAGCUUUGGCCAUGACUGCCUCCAUAUCAGUCACACUGGGCAUUGUCAUUGCACAGGUAGUCGGAUUGAAUGAAGUGUUGGGCAGAGAGGAGUGGUGGUCCCUCUUGUUGGCAACCACCGCUGUCCCAGCAAUACUACAGCUCAUCACCCUGCCCUGGUGCCCUGAGAGUCCACGCUACCUGCUGAUUGACAGAGGCGAUGAGACUGCAUGUGACAAAGCACUGAAGCAGCUUCACAGCGCGGAGGAAUGUCUCAAGGAGAAGGCAGACAUAGAGAAGGAGAGACUUGAUGCUCUUCAAAUGGAACGAAAGAAACCCUGGGAAAUGUUCUUGGAUAAGAGCCUUCGCUGGCAACUUCUCACCGUCGUCGUCUUAAACGUGUUAUCUCAGCUGAGUGGCAUCAAUGCAAUCUACUUUUAUGCAUCCUACGUGUUUGCUGAAGCAGGCAUUCCAGAAGAACUGAUACUGUAUGUGACACUCGGCUGUGGACUAUGUGAAUUCAUUACUGCAGUUAUCGGUGGUUUCUUGGUUGAGUCUUUGGGCAGGAAAACCCUCAUGAUUGGGGGCUACUCGUUAAUGAGCCUCUGGUGCUUAUGCAUAACCCUGACUCUCACUUUCUCGAAAGCCAGUCCGUGGGUGCCCUACCUCAGUAUGACCUGCGUCUUUGCUUUCAUUCUCAGCUUUGGCUUGGGACCAGGUGGUGUGACUGGUACUCUGAACUCUGAGAUCUUCACCCAAACGGUGAGGCCAGCGGCGUGCAUGAUUGGCCUGUCAGUCAACUGGAUCAGUUUUUUCAUCAUCUCCAUCAUUUUCCCAUUUGUUGUGAGUGGACUGAAGCAGUACUGUUUUCUUGUGUUCUUCGCCGUCUGUGUCAUCGUGACCGUCUACACGUUCUUUGUGGUUCCGGAGACCAAGAACAAAACCUUCCUGGAGAUCCGUGCCGAGUUUCAAUCCAAGAACAAGAAGAAGAGGAGGCAGAGGCACAUGGAGGUCUCACAGGAAGUCAGUAGCGGCCAGCGACUAUGAAAACAGGGCUAAUUUUUUGGACUAGUUUUAUAUUGUUUUUGUGUGUGUGUGUGUGUAUUUAGCUCAGGCACCUCUAUGGUAUAGGCCAGGGCUAUUGAAAUGGCGGCCCUGGGGCCAGAUGGACGGCAAGCGUCUGCCCCCCCACAAGCCCCUUGAAAUACGGAAACGUUUUUCGGAAUUUAGAGAUAAAAGUAUGGGUUCCGUAUCGAGCUGAAACGGGACAUGGGACAUUAAAAUGCAGGAAAUUACAUCUAAGAAAUGCAAAAUUGCAAAAAUGCAAAAUACAACAUUCAACCUUUCCCAAUUGUCAAGUUUUCUAG